AUGGCGGGAGGAAUCUUCACCAACUUGGAUAACCUGUGUAAUGUGGAUUGUACUAAUGUCCACCCACUGGUGUGUCACCUGUGCCAUGAGCAGUACCAGGCCCCGUGUUUGUUGGACUGCUACCAUAUCUUCUGUGCCCGCUGCCUGCGAGGCCGGACCAAUGACAGCCGUCUCUGCUGCCCCCUCUGUGGUUACCCCUCCAUAGUGAAAGGGAAUAGCUCCCUCCCCCCAGAGGACCGUCUGCUCCAGUUCCUGGUAGACAACAAUGCAGACGUUGAGGAGACGGUGCAGUGUGCCAACUGUGACCAGGAAAGUAACAAAAAGGAAGCUGGGGUGAUGUACUACUGUAACACCUGUAGCCAGCCACUUUGCAGCGCCUGCAGGGACUUGACUCACAAGGCCAGAAUGUUUUCCCACCAUGAGAUUGUGUCCCUGGCCAAACGCUCCAGAGCCAAACACAGGAAGUGCUCUCUCCACGAAGAGCCCUACAUCCUGUUCUCAAAAGAAAACAAGUCUAUGCUUUGCAUCAAGUGCUUCAGAGACAUGCAAGUGGAGAGCCGGACUCACUGCAUUGAUAUUGAAACGGCUUACAUGCAGGGGUGUGAGAUGUUGGACCAGGCUGUGCUGGUGGUGAAGGAGCUGCAGACUUCGGCGAGAGAGACCAUCGUUCUGCUCAGAGCGAUGAUAGGAGAAGUGUGUCUGAAUGUGGAGGAAGAAGAGAGUGCAAUCUGUACUCUGUUCAACAGCUUGCAGGAAAAACUAGCAGAGAGGAAGAAGAUCCUGCUCAAAGCAGCUCAGAGUCAACACGAGGAGAAGGAGAAAGCUCUAAAGGAGCAGCUCUCACACCUUACUGCACUCCUCCCAACCCUCCAGGUGCACCUCGUCACCUGUUCGGCCUUCCUCAGCUCCGCCAACAAGUUUGAGUUUUUGGACAUGGGCUACCAACUGAUGGAGAGGCUGAAGAGGAUUGUAAAACUCCCUCAUCGACUGAGACCAGUGCAGAGCAGCAAAAUCAACACAGACUUCAGAAGUGAGUUUGCCCGCUGUCUGGAGCCCUUACUGCUGCUGGGUCAGCGCUGCCCUCCUUCUGUUGCCGGAUCUAUAAGUGUUGCAGCAAGGCACCAGUCCCCCCUCUCCAUGUCUUGCCGCUCCCCGUCUCUCAGUGAGAUGCCGCUGGGCUCGGUGUGCGGGCGAAGGCCCACUUGUCAUCGCAACAUCUGCACAAAGGUCCUCCUGGCUGAGGGGAGGGAGACGCCCUUCACCGAGCACUGCCGCAACUAUGAGAACACAUACAGGACUCUGCAGACAGAGAUUCAGAAUCUGAAGGACCAGGUCCAGGAGCUGCACCGAGAUCUGACCAAGCAUCACUCCAUCAUCAACACAGAUCAGAUGGGAGAGAUCAUGGACAGAUCGCUGCACAUCGACAGCCAGAUCGCUUCGCAGCACUCCACCGUGGAAACCAUGAGAGUCAUGUUUGAAGAGAUCUGGGACGAGACUUUUCAGAGGGUCUCUAAUGAGCAGGAGAUCUAUGAAGCCCAGCUUCAUGACCUGAUGCAGCUGAAGCAGGAGAACUCUUACCUGACCACGAUUACCAGACAGAUCAGCCCGUACAUCCUGUCCAUUGCCAAAGUCAAACAGAGGCUCGAGCCCAGGUUUGAGGAGCCUAAAGAGCACCAUGACGACCGCACAGAAACGAUGCUGAAAAUCUAUGAAGACGGCACGAUCGCUAAAGACAGUCAAGACAGUGACAACCAGACCUGUGUCACAGACCAGGACAGACACAAGAACAACCGCCCGCUGAUCCUCGAGUCGGGGGACAGCUCUGUCAAGACCAAUCGUCCAGUCAGGCCCAGAGUUCCCACGGAGACGUCCAGCCUCAAUGAGAUGCCUUCAUAAACAUGUCAUUUCUGUGCCCCUCUCCCCUCCAUGCUCCUGUGCAGCAAUGUGCCUUAAUUCAAACAUAACAAGCCCCAGGACGAUAUGGGACUUCCUCUACUGUCCAGAUGCUCUACGUUACAUUUUGUCAGCAGUGGGGAGCUGUCAAGAGCUCCAAGGUGAGCCCUUGGAUAGACACUAAGUGGAAGUGCAUACAUGGAUGUUAAAGACUGUCAGAGCUGGACAUGGACAGCAUCCGUAUUCAAACAGAUAACAUCAUUGUGAAAAGUCUGCCUUUCUCCCUCUUAACUGUUCCCCAAAAUUAAUUUUGUUUUUGUGUCUGCUUAGUUAUUAGUUUCAGUCUAAUGUUCAGUUUAUUUGGUACAUUGUCAAUUAAGGUGUUUGAAUGACACAAGCUUGUUAGUCAGUUAGUUUGAUAGUUAGUCUGUUUUAUGGGUUCAUAGAAUUUCUGCUGCCGGGAUGUCGGAGUAGAUCAGCUGCUCAGCAGCUCAAUCAAGGAAAGUGUGAACAGGUUUGCCUCAUUAUGUCUUCUUAGCAGGGAGGGCUGCGUGCUGUUACAGUGUAGGAAGAUAGUUCUGCAGUAAAUGACAUUCUGUUAUAUUUGUUGUGCUCUUUGGUAUGUAAUAAUUACCCAUAGAUUAAUCUUGAUGUCAGCAGUAACUUAGAAACCUUACAGUAAAGGGUAUAUUUAGUAUUUUUCAACCCUAUUUUCCCAUGUUUUUGUGUCUAAGUGACUAAUAGGGACAACAAAUUUUGUCCAGUAUUGAGGGAGAAAUCUGUAACAAACUGCGAGGGCAA